UUUAAGAACACUGGUUGCAUAUAGAAAUACAGUUGGAUACAUUUCUUUGGAAUCGACUGCAUUUUGGACUGAAUUACCUUCAAUUGACAAAACUAUGUCUUCUCAAAUAGCAAGUACACAAGAGGAGCCCGGGUCACUCCAUUCUCGUCAAAGGAGUGCAUCUAGUGCGUUUGUCGUUUCAAUCUCUGGGGACGUGACUGGCAAUGAGCAGGCUUUAAAGUCAUUGAACGAAUUAUACAGCCCUGUGCUGAAGUUGUUGAAGUUUUUCGGAGCGUACUACGGACAAACCGAUUUAAAAAAAUUGGGAUACUCACCAAACAGUCCACGAGGAAAGGAUCUAUGUUCACAAAUGUAUUGUGGUCUGAUGAUAUCCCUUGAUUUUUUAAACUUUGUCAUGGCUGUCUCCGGAAUUUUUACUUCAGGGGCAGAAUUCGUGUUUUUGAUGUUCACUCUUGGUAACCUUUUAAUAUUAAUCUGUGGAAUACCCUUACUGGUUGUUCUUCCUUUAACUCUCGCCAAAAAGUCACGAUUCCAAAAAUAUCUUCUUAGCAUAUUAGCAAACAGUCAGGGUGUUAAUCUAAAUUCAGUGAAAAAAAAGUCAAGAAAAGGCUUUAUAGUUCUCUGUUUACUUUAUGUGGAAACUGUCACGUUCUCUGUUAUUAGCGAUCAAAAAUUGAACCUUGGCCUUGCUUGUUGUAAGCCUUGGAAUGGUUGGUUUGGCUUUCAAGUGAUUGCCCAGAUAUCUCUAUUUACUGGGAGUGCUUUGUGGUUACUCUCGAUGUAUUUCUUAUAUCUAACCUGUAGAAUCCUUAUAAAAUGUUUUGAUGAGCUUUAUCAGAGAAUGUCGUCACUAACUCAGCUCUCAGCGGACUUUCCAUCUUUGAAAAUAGAGCAUCAUAAGUUAUGCGAGGUAGUGGAACUUGCCGACAAGAUGCUCUCUCCACUCCUUCUUGGGGUUGUGUCAUUAUACAUCCCAAUGCUUUGCAUUAGUUUCUACAAUUCUGUCGUUUUCCGAGAGGACACAAAUUUAAUGGCCCUUGUUACUACUCUGUCCUGGUGUUUGGUUGCAGCAGGAAUCUUGACAAUUGCCCUCUACUUUGGAUCCAAAGUCAAUGAAAAGAUUCACAGUUUUCAGAGGAUUUUGCAAACUCUGCCCGUUUCGACAGCGGAAGAAGCUAAGGUAUUGUUGUUUUUACUCGAUCUUCAAGGAGAGCCAAAAGGUUUAUCAAUUGGAGGAUUACUUGUAAUAACCAAAUCCACGUCCUUGGCGAUUGCCGGGGUGACAGUCUCCUACUUUGCAGUUCUCUUAUCUUUGCCGCGUUGACGUUUGAAAGAUGUGACACUGUUUAUAGCUAUUAAGAAAUGCGAAAUGCAUUAAAAAUGUGACGAUUUUCAGACUUCCAUCGGGGAGUUAUUACAAUAUUACUGAAAAUUUUGAUUAUGUCGCGGUAACAUUUAGUACUUUUUUGCUCUGUGUUCGAGGUAACUACAGC